UGUGGUAUCAAGCUUAGAGAUGUAGAAUUCGAGGUUGAGAUAAACGAAGCGUGGAAAAAAUGAUAAAAAAUAACUCAUAUCACAAAUGGCAAGCGAUUGUGGAGAAUCGGAGAGCUGUCAAAGAUCGCAUAACUGUUUUUUGAUUUAAAUUAAUGGGCAUGAAAGAUCGGUUAAAAGCGACGAGAUCGUGUAAAGAAUUUUAUUCACAAUUGUCAGUGUAUUACAAAAAUAGUUUCAAAAUAUCAUUCUGGUGUAUCGAAAAUUCAAGUAAGUUGAAGUCCGGCAAAUGUUAUUUAAUGACUCUCUCGGGCGACACCGAGUUUUCGCCCUCUUUGCCGAAUCUCGUUGAGUCGGGAUGCGACCACUGGAGGUUAGAAUUUUUAAGGUUUCAAAAAUAGAUUUUGACUCGUCAUCUGGAAGUAGAGCUCGAAGUAACACACAACAAAGGAGGCCGAUGUCAGGAGGCCAUACGUACAUUAUUUGAUAUUCGUCCCGUUUUUAAAACUUAUUUAUGCUAUACUGCAUAAAUAUAUUCGAUAAUGCUUUCACAACGAUAAUACUCAACUUCUUUAUAUUUAAGAUGAGUAUAAUACAUAUUCGUGAUAUAUUUGAAAUAGUGUGACAAGUGGCAGAAUUAUUAGUUGAAAAUGAACGCCGUGACAAUUGGAUUUUUGAAAUAAAAUCGCCUUUUCGAAAUGGAGUUGGACAUCGAAGAAUAUGAAUAAAAACUGUAUUAGAAGGUCAUAACCGACGAUUGAAAAUUCUCCAUUUAAAAAAUGGCUCAUCAAACAAAUAAUAACUUGCUGAAGCAAGCGGCCAUACAAAUUGGUGCCGGUGGCUCAGCUGGCUUUGUUGAGGUUUGCAUUAUGCAUCCAAUGGAUCUCGUCAAAACACGAUUUCAAUUGCAAGUCAAACCUAGCAUGGGUUUUGAUCCUCAUUAUUAUACAGGAAUUCGCGAUUGCAUGAUGAAAAUGUACAGAAGCGAAGGUCUAGGAGCAUUUUGGAAAGGAAUAGUGCCACCUAUCAUUGUUGAAACACCCAAGCGUGCAGUCAAAUUUUUCACCUUCGAGCAAUACAAACAAUUUUUCUUGUUUGGUGCCGAUUCUCCAACACCUCUGACUUUUGCGUUGGCUGGAUUUUGUGCCGGUGUGACAGAAGGAAUUUUGGUGAAUCCUUUUGAAGUUAUAAAAGUCCAGUUGCAGUCGAAUCGUAAACAAGUUAAAGAGAGUCCGUCGACUUUGGCAGUUACAAGAGAAAUUGUGAGAAACAAAGGUUUAGGUUUGAAUGGCCUCAACAAAGGACUUUCUGCGACUGUUAUGAGGAACGGAGUUUUCAACUGUUUUUACUUUGGUUUCUAUCAUUCUGUCAAAGGUUUCAUACCUGCCAACAAGGAUCCCUGGCUGGAAUUUUUUACCAAGGUGGCCAUAGGUUUUACAGCAGGAACAGCUGCCUCAUGCUUGAAUAUUCCUUUUGACGUAGCAAAAAGUCGAAUCCAAGGGCCCCAAGGAACAAUCCAUUAUAAUGGAACAAUAACGACUUUGUCCAUUGUUUACCAAAGGGAAGGAUUCACAGCUCUUUACAAAGGACUUUUACCCAAAGUUUUGCGUCUUGGCCCAGGAGGAGCAAUCAUGCUAGUCGUUUAUGAUUAUAUGCAUGCCUAUUUGACUAAUAAAUUUAGGGAUUAGAAAACAAAUUUCUUUGAUAAUAAAAUAGAGGACUGUUGUAUUUUUGACCAAAUUUUAUACUGUCAGCGUCUUUUCUCAUGAAGACUAAGAAAAUAUUUUAAAAAUAUAUAAGAAUAAAAAUAGACUAUUUAUUAA